GCUAUAACAGCCCUGACGAACGCAGGCGCCAUGGACCGCGCACGCAACCUGCUCGACGAAAUGUCUCGCCACGGCAUAACCGCUAAUCGCAUCACCUUCAACGUCCUCCUCAAAGGCUACUGUGCGCAGCUCCAGCUCGAUAAAGCCAAAACCCUAAUCCGCUCCAUGGCGGAGGAUGCCGGCAUUGAACCCGAUGUUUUCUCCUACAACAUUCUCAUCGACGGCUGCAUUCUCGUGGACGACAGCGCCAGCGCGCUCGCCUUCUUCAACGAGAUGAGGGAACGCGGGAUUCCUCCUUCACAGGUCAGCUACACCACGCUGAUGAAAGCGUUCGCGCU